AGAGUGUAAAACACCUCUCACGCAGGUUAUAGCUCUCUUCUCUUCCUUUAUUUGUUGUUGUUGUGGUUGUUGGUUUCACAGCUGAGAACGUUCUCCGCGUGUGUGGCCAUCAAAGGCUGUGCAGAGACCACCACCGCCCCUUUCUCUCACACCUCUGUGUAUGCUAUCGUGAAAAACAAAACAUCUUCGUCGUUCCUAUUGUUAAUAACUGCUCCUUUUAGCCCGUUGGAUCCUAUCUCUAUCUCUCGCACACACACGCUCACACAUACGCACAGAUCUAUACGGGGACAUAAUUUUUCUUUGGGGGAGGUGUAUCACUCACCAUACAUAACUCUAUGCAUAUUCCCUGCUUUGUCUCCUUUGUUUUCUUCUCUUUCCCCUCUUCGCACAAGCCGCUCCCGCUUACAGCGCGACUUGUCUGCUUCCGCUAACGUAUCUUUUACGCUGAUGAGUGUCGUCCCCAACGACAACACCAACAAACACAAAACAAAAUAAAGCGUUCAGUUGAUGACGAUGUAUGUUUGUUUGAGUUCUUCUAUUAUCCUAUUAUUAUUAUUUAUUACUACUAGUAUUACUUUCGCGCCGCGUCAACUCCUCUCUCUUUAACACGGCGUUGCGCAUCACCUCGCCGAGGGAGAACCCUAGAAGCAGGCCUUUUUUUUUCUCCUCGGCAUUUGUAUCACGUACUUUCUGCGGUAGGGCUGUGAAGAGAGAACCCGCCCCCCCCCCUCCCUCUCUCUCCCUCUCUCCCGUUGUGCGUCAGAGCUCAACGGCUAACUACCACCGUCUUUUUUUCUUCUUUUCUUGUUUUCAAUACGUGUGUUUUUGUGUGUUGUUCCCUUUAUUCUAUUGUUUUUUUUUUUGUUUGAGUGAAAAGGAGAAGGGCGGAAAGAUGAUGAGCGACCGCAAAUACACGGGCCUGGGUGGCGUGCAUCUCCGGCCACACUCCACGCAGGUCCGUAUUUAUUGCUUCAUUGUCGCGUCCAGCGCGUGCCUCCUCGCUGUCGUCGCCGCCAUCUGCAUUCCGCUGAUCCUCUUCCAGAACAUGGACAACGACUACAUCGCGAACAUCGCGACUGUGGAACAGGAAAUGGCCUACGAGGCCGCGAAGAGUCUGAGCGACUCCACCAUGACCGCCUACUCCGUGACGCAGGCGCUGGAGGGCUACGUGAUGAGUCGCAUGCGCAGCCUUCCCAACAUGUCCCUCCCGCCCAUACCGCGGGUGCGAGCGCAGAACUUCUCUGACUUCGCCUAUUUCGCCUCUCUGCUGCUCGAGAACACGGAAAACAUCGUCACCGCCAUGCUGGUCCCGGGUGGGGUGCGCACCGAGAUGGCGCCGAUCAUGCAGGAGACCUACAUGCUGGACAUGUUUGACGAAAAGGAUUCGGCCCAGCUUUUCGUGCCGACCCCGCAGCAGUCGGUGAAGGACGGGAAGGUGGGGUAUAUCGGCCCCAUCCUUUACGCCGGGGACUACAAGCCCCGCUUCUGGGCCCUGGCGGUGCGACGGCCUGUCUUCCGCUACAGCGAAGACAACACGAGGAGCUGGCGAAACUUCUGGGGCUUUACGCAAACCCUGCUGAACAUCAGCGCCGUGUUGGAGCAGCGGCCCUUCGAGAUGGCGCAGCAGAAGCAGUCCAAGAAGUACCAAGGACUGGACUACGUGGUGACAGCGCUCAACUCACGAACCGGCAAACUGGAGCUCAUCGAGUCGUCCAUUAGCCACCCCACACAAGACGAACUCGAGAAGUUCGUGGAGCAAGGCAGCAGCAUCGCGGUGACGCCCAAGUACCCAUUUAUGAUCACCGUGCGAGGCCGCGACUACGGCAAGUGGUUCUCCGCCAACAACAUCACCAUUAUCGUGGCCACUGCCACCGCAGGCCUGUUCUUCAUCUUCGCGGUCUUCGUAGCGCUACUACUGUACUGCACGCAGACCUACGAUGGCACCGUGCACGCCCCGAAACUGGCGCCCUUCGCCAUACUGACCGUUGGCCCAUGCCGCGGCGAGGAGCUGUGGGAGCUGGCGCCGGACGAAAUGGCUGACGUGGCGGAGCGGCUGAGCCAGCUGCUGACGUCGCAGAUGCAGCGGCACCACGCCUACCAGAUCCAGCAGGUGCACCCCCUCACCACGUCCUACGUCACGCGCGGUGUGGCGGCGGCGGUGCAGAUGGCCUUCGACGCCAUCGAGGAGCUGCACCGCCACCCCAUCGACGCCGCGCUGCAGCGCCUGCUGGGCGACGACGGCUGCCUGCUGGUGUCCUACGCGGUGCACUGGUGCAACGACGCGGUGGUGCGGCUGGACCCGAUGGAGGGCGGCUACCGCUACGAGGGCCCGGACGUGGUGUACGGCGGCCGCAUGUGGGCCUUCGCCCCGCCGAGCGUCGUGACGGCGUCGGAGGCGGUGGCACAGGCGCUCCCCCGCUUCGGCCUGUGUUGCGUCACCGCCGAGCCGUACCGCCGCGUCAACGUCGUGCGCUCGCGCUGUGCCUGCGGCGCCACCGGCGACUGCGACAUGAACGGCAGCAGCGGCGACAGCAGCGGCAGCGGCACGGCCACCAUCUACGUCCCCCUCUCCGCGCCGACCACCGUGGCGGCGACGGCGGGCAUGUGUCGCGGCGGCGGCGGCGGUGGUGCCGCGCUGUACCGCCUCACCGCCAUGGCCCGCGACACGGACAACGACAAGGACACCCCUCUGCCCCCGCAGAUGCUGCUGACGCUGGUGGACCCGCGCCGCCCGGUGCUGAUGGCUGCCAGGGCCGCCGCACAGGCACACGCCUCGCACCGCCACCGCUGGCCCCUCUCCAUGUCCCUUCCCAACGUCGCGGACGCGGAGGCGCACUCGCCACAUCCCGUGCACGAGGUCGUAGCGGGCUCCGGCGCGGUGGCGAGGCGUGAGGCCGGGAGCCAAAACCCGCUCUGUGGCGUGCGCAUCGGCGGCUCCUUCCACUCCAGCGAGGAGGAGAUGAUGGAGGCCACCUCCAGUGCGGUGCCUGGGUCGUCGUUGCCCAAUUUCGGCUCCUCGUCAUCCGAGGUGGGGGUCUCUGGAACCACGGCGGUAGAGCGCGUCUCGCUUGUGAUCCAGGGCGACGGGGUCACGCGUGCGCUGCUGCGGCCCGUCAUCCCGCACGCCCUCGACGUCGCCCUGCACGUCGCCUUCGACUACCAGGCCAUCACCCUCGGCAUGAGCUACAACUCGAUGCGGGUGCUCGUGUACUACUUCUACUCGAGCUACAAGAUUCUCUUCCGCCCGCUGGCGGCCCCGGAGCGGCACAACAUCUACCGCCGCCUGGUGACUGCGUUUGGGGUGCCGCAGCAGGGCAUCCUCGAGCACCUCGCCGCGCGGUGCGCCAUCCGCUGCCUGCAGCACAGUUCUAAGCAGCGGCAGCUGGUUACGCAGCGGCGUCAGCCAGAAACGAUGAUCUCCACCGUUGACAUGUGGGAAACGCCGCUUCCGGGUAUUGCUGCUCGACCGCUUCCGAGGAAGUUGCAGAAGUUGGAGUAG